AGACGGUGGAUCCCUGGGUUGCGGAAGAGGUGGCCGUGCACUGUCGUCAGUAUGCAGCGAUUGCUCUUUCCGCCCUUGAAAGCCUUGAUGGGGAGGCAGUAUCUGCGGCUCCUGGCUCGUAGGGCGGCGCCUCGAGCACAGAGCCCCUAGGUUCAGAACUGGACCAUUGACCUGCUGUGUGGUAUUGGCCAAGUGAUUUAAACUUUGUUCUUCAAUUUCCUUCUCUGUAAAAUGGGGAUAACAAUACUACUUUAAGUGUGAUUGCAUCAGAUGCCCUUUGAGGCCAGAGCAAUACAGCACCAUCUCUGAAGUAGCUUUGCAGUCUGGAAGGGGUACAGUGUCCCUUCCCUCAAAGGCUGCUGAGCGGGUGGUGGGCAGAUGGCUCCUUGUCUGCAGUGGAACAGUGGCUGGAGCAGUUAUUCUUGGUGGAGUAACUAGGUUGACAGAGUCUGGCCUCUCAAUGGUAGAUUGGCAUUUAAUAAAGGAGAUGAAGCCACCUACAAGCCAAGAGGAAUGGGAAGCAGAAUUCCAAAGAUACCAGCAAUUUCCAGAAUUUAAAAUCUUGAAUCAUGAUAUGACAUUGGCAGAAUUCAAGUUCAUCUGGUACAUGGAGUACUCACACCGAAUGUGGGGUCGCCUUGUAGGCCUUGCAUACAUCCUGCCUGCUGCCUACUUUUGGAGAAAGGGCUGGCUCAGCCGUGGCAUGAAAGGACGUGUUCUUGCCCUCUGUGGCCUAGUCUGCUUCCAGGGUCUGUUGGGAUGGUAUAUGGUGAAAAGCGGACUAGAAGAAAAACCAGACGCCCAUGACAUCCCUCGGGUCAGUCAGUACCGCCUCGCUGCUCACCUGGGAUCAGCCCUGGUUCUUUAUUGUGCCAGCUUAUGGACCUCACUCUCACUGCUACUGCCUCCACACAAGUUGCCUGAAACCCGUCAGCUCCUACGGUUGAGACGAUUUGCUCAUGGAACAGCAGGUCUGGUGUUCCUUACAGCUCUCUCAGGGGCUUUUGUGGCAGGGCUAGAUGCUGGGCUUGUUUACAACUCCUUUCCCAAAAUGGGAGAAUCCUGGAUCCCGGAGGACCUCUUUACCUUCUCCCCCAUCCUGAGGAAUGUUUUUGAGAAUCCCACCAUGGUGCAGUUUGAUCACCGGAUUCUGGGAAUCACUUCAGUCACUGCCAUUACAGUGCUGUACUUCUUUUCCCGGAGAAUUCCCCUUCCUAGAAGGACCAAGAUGGCAGCAAUGACUCUGCUGGCUUUGGCGUAUACACAGGUGGGCUUGGGCAUUAGCACACUGCUGAUGUACGUCCCGACUCCUCUGGCUGCCACUCACCAGUCAGGAUCCUUGGCUUUGCUCACUGGUGCUCUUUGGCUGAUGAAUGAACUCCGAAGAGUCCCAAAAUGAUUCUCAGAGGACCAGCUUCCUGGGACUGUAACUGUGCUUUUGAGAACUCAUCAGAGAGCAUAAGAACUGGGGCUUUUGUAUGAGAUGACCUUGACAUACCAAGUGGUUUCCAAAUGGUCAACUUAUUUUAAAAUCUUUUCCUAUUUUGAGAUCGUCACUGGAUCAAGAAUGCAUUAAGUAUGGUUAUCCUAAAGGUUCCUUUUUAAAUCUGCUUUUCAUGUUGAAAAUCGGUUUUAAUGUAGAGAGAAAUGUCUGCCAUUUGCUGUUUAACAGGUUUUGUGUCAGGUUUUCAGUGUUGGCAAGCUCUUGGUUCUACAUGGAUAAUUUCUAUCUCCUUGUUCUCCUGAGUCCUUAAUUCUGCCUAAAUAGAAUUUCUUUAUGAUCUUAACUUCACUUAGGUGAAGAUUGAAAGGAUAGGAUUAGCAUACCCCAAAGUAGCCAGUGAUCUUCAGCAAAAAAAUAGGUAAUGUCUUCUAAUAUCCUGAUUUUCAAAAAUGGAGAAGUUACAGACUUUGAGAAGCUUAAUGUAUAUAUGUAGCAAAAUGGUUUGUAAGUACUUGGAAAAGGAGGUAAUCACCAAAACCCACUUGGAUUUCUCAAGCACUAACCUAGUUCCUCUUCUUUUUUUUUUUAGAUGGAGUCUUGCACUGUUGCCUGGGCUGGAGUGCAGUGGCGCAAUCUUGGCUCACUGCAACCUCUGCCUUCAGGGUUCAAGCAAUUCUCCUGCAUUAGCCUCCCAAGUAGCUGGGAUUACAGGCACCCACCACCAAGCCCAGCUAGUUUUUUGUAUUUUUAGUAGAGAUGGGGUUUCACUAUAUUGGCCAGGCUAGUCUCAAACUCCUGACCUUGUGAUCUGCCCUUGGCCUCCCAAAGUGCUGGGAUAUGGAUGUGAGCCUCCAUGCCCAGCCUAGUUCUUCUUCUUCUUCUUCUUCUUUUUUUUUUUUUUUUUUGAGACAGAGUUUUGUUCUUGUUGCCCAGGCUGGAGUGCAGUGACUUGAUCUCAGCUCAUUGCAACUUCUGCCUCCCAGGUUCAAGUGAUUCUCAUGCCUCAGCCUCCCAAGUAGCUGGGACCACAGGCACAAACCAAGCCUAGCUAAUUUUAUAUUUUUAGUAGAGAAGGGAUUUCAUCAUGUUGGCCAGGGUGGUCUCGAACUUCUGACCUCAAGUGAUCCACCUGCCUCAGCCACCUCAGCCUCCCAAAGUGCUGAGAUUACAGGUGUGAGCCACUGCGCCUGGCUAGUUCCUCUUUUGAUAAGGCUGUUAACAUUACUAAGUCAGGCCGGGCGUGGUGGCUUACAAGCACUUUGGAGGCCAAGGCGGGUGGUCACCUGAGGUCAGGAGUUCAAGAACAACCUGACCAACAUGGUGAAACUCCGUCUUAUUAAAAAAAAGACAAAAAAAAAAAAAUAGCAGUAUAAGUCAGAGGAAUGCAAUCAGUAUGAAUUGGUUCCGGAGAGGGUUUCCUAACAGCCUUGUAAUAAGAAAGAGAUGGCUUUGAUGGUGUAGUACGUGGACAUCUAUCCAGAUAUUUAAACAAAUUGUUGACUGCUGAAUUAGUGUGAUUUUGGUCUCUAUUGAUAUUUUAUAAGGCUCUGUCUUAUUCAACUUUAUUUUUUAAAUCAGUGAUUUGGAUGAAGGCAUUGGAAAUAUGUGAUUUGAGGAUGGAGCAACCCAAUGUUGCUAAUAUAAUAGAUGACAGUGGCAACUGAAAACAGUCCCAGAGUGACCCCAUCAAAAUGAAAUUAAACAGAUUAGAAAUGUAACAUUCAUUUAAAUUAAAUAAGUUGUGUAAGUUUGGGCUUUAUAUCAUUUCAUAUAAGAAAGACUUGGGGAUUUCAGUUGGUUUCAGAUUCAAAAUGAACCAGCUAGAAUUCAUGUUAUUAUUAUAUGGAAACAGAAAAAUUAGUGGUACUUCAGGUUUUCUCAGUAGACGUGUCACAGCCAUAGCCAGAAUACCCCUAACAUGUUGCAUUUCACCAUGAUGGUCACUAAGUGUAUAUCCAGAAGAAGAGACCAGGAUGGUGAGGAGUCCAGAACCCCUAUCACACAGGGAGUAGUUGAAGGAACUAGGGAUAUUUAACUGGAGAAGAGAACAUUUGGGGAGAGAGCAAGAUUCCUUUCCUUAGAAGUUGAAGCCCUCUCAUGCAGAAGAGGGAAUGAGCUUCCAUUGUGCUGCAGAGCUGGGAGCAAUGGGUGAAAGUUGCAGGAAGUUAGUUUUAGUUCUGUAGAAGGCAAGAGUAGGUAGACCAAAUCAAAUGACCGCUGGGGUCCGGCUAGUGGAGACUGUAACACUGGCGAGCAGGUGCGCCAGUUCAAGCUAAACUACUGCUGAGUUCUGGUCUGUUGCUGCCACUCUACAGGUCCAGGGUUGUUAGAUCUUCUGGGUUUUUGUUUUGCUUUUUGAAAUAAGGAAAAUAAGUUUAUCUUUAGUUAUCCUUGGAUAUACUUCUAUUCCAUACAGUAACAAUACAAAUACAAAGUGAAAACAAACAUCUGGAUUUCAUCCUUGACCUCAUUUACAAAGCAAAAAGAGAUGCUGGAUUCAGAUAUAAAUGUUUAAUUUUACAGCAUUUAAGUCACCAAAUCUGUUUUUUUUUUUUUAAAGAUUUAAAAAAUCUAGAUUUUUAUGUGAAAGCUCUCAAUUAAGUAUUGGGAACUAAUUUCAAGAUUUUUAAAAAUGUUAUACAGGCUCAACAUGUCUGUGAGCCAUAAAUGAUCUAUGACCUAACAUUUCCCAUUUUUAAUUUCUGAACUAGGUGAUCUCAUUUUUUUCAACUCGAGUACUCCGUAAGUUUGUGUGACCUGUAGUGUGCCAUUCUCAGGUGGUGAUGUGGUUUGGAUGUUUUGUCCCCUCCAAAUCUCAUGUUCAAAAUGUGACAUUCAGUGUUAGAGGUGGGCCUAGUGGGAGGUGUUUGGGUCCUGGGGGUGGAUCCCUUAUGCAUGACUUUGUGCCAUCCCCAUAGUAAUGAGUGAGUUCUCACUCUGGUAGUUUAUGCAAGAGCUGGUUGUUUAAAAGAACUUGGAACUGGGCCAGGCGCAGUGGCUCACGCCUGUAAUCCCAGCACUUUGGGAGGCCAAGGCAGGCAGAUCAUGAGAUCAGGAGAUUGAGACCAUCCCGGCUAACAUGGUGAAACCCUAUCUCUCCUAAAAAUAUAAAAAAUUAGCUGGGCGUGGUGGUGCAUGCCUGUAGUCCCAGCUACUUGGGAGGUUGAAGCAGGAGAAUCACUUGAACCCAGGAGGUGGAGGUUGCAGGGAGCCAAGAUCACAUCACUGCACCCCAGCUUGGGCAAUAGAGCAAGACUUUGUCUCAAAACAAAAAAAGCCUAGAACUUCCUCCUCUCUCUCUUGCUCUCUCACCAUGUGACACACUGGCUCCCCUUCACCUUCCACCAUGAUUGUAAACUUCCUGAAGCCCUCACCAGAAGUAGAUGCCAGCACCAUGCCGCCUGUACAGUUCUAUGCAGAACUGUGAGCCAAAUAAACCUCUUUACUUUAUAAAAAUUCUCAGGUAUUUCUUUAUAGCAAUGCAAGCAGACUAACACAGGUGAUUCUUAGCAAAACAGUUUGUCAAUUUUUCAUAAAUCCUAGACCCUGAUGGGCUUAUGCUAUUGCCUAGAAGAGAUUCCCAACUUCUCUCUUAUUUGAAUGUCAGAAAAAUCCCAAAACCCAAGCCUCAUCUAAGACCAAUGAACUCACAAUCUCUGGAGGUAAUAAAAGGCAUAUUUUAAAAGUUCCCCAGGUAUCCAAUGUGCAGACAAGUCUAGGGACCACUGGCUUAGGUCCUAAUAGACUAGUUACCUUAGAAAGUUCUGACUAGCUUAUGCCCAUUCCCUUCUAAUUUCCACCCCACCCUAUCAUUUGAUCUGCUAUAUUGAUCCUGUUAGUAUGUUAGUAGGAUAUGGUCUCUUCUGGAUAGACUCCUUUAGAGAAAGGGAACUUUAGUUCCUGAGGCAGGUUCCCACACCAUCCUCUCCUGAUCCUCAAACCCAGGUUGUCCUUAGUUAAUAAGUGAGUCAGCAGAGGGCAGUGUGACCCAACCCAAAGAACCAUUUAUUUAUUAAUGCUUCUACAGUUCCCUCCAAGGAAGUAGCAACUGGUGAAUAAAGUUUCAGAUGUUUUACUUCAUUUUUCUUUAUUACAGAUGAUGCGUACAUUUGGAAAAACAACUGGUUGCAUUUAUUUAUUUAUAUAACUGUAUUAUGCCACCUAUGAGCUCCCAGUGAAUGAUUAUCUUAUUUUUUAUAUUUAUUAUUCCCAGCACUGCCAGACACAUCUCAAACAUUGAAUGAGUUAAUGCAUGAAUGGAAAAUGGACAAUUACAGAUUGAUGUUUGAUGUCCCAAAUAUCUUUUUCCCAAAAAGUCAUUAUAUACCUAUAGGAUUAAAUGAAUUUCCCUUAGUAUUUUCAAAAGUUUAUCUACGCUUCUGUCCAUUGUUUUUAAAACAUGAAGGAAAUUAAAACACAUGGCUUUCUAAAUCAGUCAACUUAGAAUAUUUUGUCUGUAACUUAGACUGACAAAUACUAUCUCUUGUAGCAGGGGUAAUGGUUAGCAACUCCCUAAAGCAAUGUUGGUUGCAGAGAACAACACUGAUGAUCAUUUUUAGGAUAACCAGUUUAUCUAUAGCCACACUUGUGGUCCUGGGAUGAAUGGUGGGUUAUAUAUCAGCAUAUGUAACACAUAUACCCAUGUCCCUGCAUAAGGGAGAAUGCAUCACCUCUCUAUUGCACAUUUUCCUCAACACUGACUUAUGUUUUGUCAGUGAGAAUGUUAAGAAUGCAAAAUUAUUGUUUAAUGUGAAGCAGUAAAAAAACAUAGUCGUAACAGCUCUCCAAAGCAAUGUAAUAAAGGCAGCCUUUGGUUUUUUUAAA